UGGUGGCUGCUUUAACAUGGCCAAAUUCGUGCUUGCGGGUAGAGCAGAUUGCCCAUAUUAUGCUAAAGCAGAACUUCUGGCAGACUAUUUACAAAAGAAUCUUCCUAAUUUCCAGAUAUAUAAAAUUACACAACAUCCUCAGGUUUGGGAGGAGUGGCUAAAAGAUUUGUGUGAUGAAAAGAAGUGGAAUCACAAAAACUCCCCCAUCAUCUGGAGAGAGCUGUUGGAUCGUGGAGGAGAGGGGUUGCUUUUAGGAGGCUAUAAUGAGUUCCUGGAAUACGCCCAGCUUUACUAUGGUGUCACCUCUAGCAUGACUACUGAGCUGAUGGAGACAAUUGCUCAGGAGAACGUGGAGGAACAUAUAGAAAAAGAAUUGGAGGAAGAAGCCAGGAAAGAUCUUGUCAAUCCCUUGCAGGUCUGGAUCACCAGUGCAUCUGUACCUGCCUGCUACAACCUAAUUCCCAUCUUGGUAAGUGGCGAGGUGUUCGGAAUGCAAACGGAAAUGAGCAUAAAUCUAUUUGACAAUGAGCGGGCGAAAGAAGAUCUCCACCUUCUCAGGACUGAGACUCAGGAUCUGGUGGCGCCCUUGCUCCGGGGCGUCUCCGUGUGCACCAGCGUGGAGGAUGCCUUCCGCCAGGCCCACGUGGUCAUCAUCCUGGACGACAGCACCGACCAGGAGGUGCACACUUUAGAAAGCUGCAUCCAAAGCAGGCUUCCUCUGUGUAGGCUGUAUGGAGGCCUGAUCGAGAAAAAUGCUCACGACUCCGUCAGAGUUAUCGUGGGAGGAAAAACGUUCGUGAACCUGAAAACAGUUUUGCUUAUGAGAUACGCCCCAAACGUGGCACACAAUAUCAUCGCUGUCGCGCUAGGGGUGGAAGGCCAAGCCAAAGCCAUGCUGGCCAGAAAGCUGAAGACUACCCCCUCAAACAUCAAAAAUGUGAUAGUUUGGGGUAAUAUCAGUGGAAAUAACUACAUUGAUCUGAGAAAAGCCAGGGUUUACAGAUACGAGAGUGCCAUUUGGGGGCCUCCUAACUAUUCACGUCCUGUUUUGAGCUUGAUAUUUGAUAGGGAUUGGGUAAACAGACAGUUUGUGGCAACUCUUAAAAAGCUGACUGAGACAGGAAAACAAUUUGGAAGCAUCUUAGCUGCACACAGUAUAGCCACUACGUUGAAAUACUGGUUCCAGGGCUCACCUCCCGGGGAGAUCGUAUCUUUAGGAGUACUAAGUGAAGGCCAGUUUGGUAUUCCUGAAGGGAUCGUCUUUUCUAUGCCUGUAAAAUUUGAGAAUGGAACUUGGGUGGUUCUUACGGAUCUCAAAGAUAUUGAAAUCAGUAAAAAAAUAAUAACCAGAAUGGCAAGUGAUCUAAUUCAGGAGAAACUUGUUGCACUUGGAGAUUUGAUCAGUUUUCAGCCCUAUCAAUCAGAAACUGACUUAGCUAAAAGAUAUGAAAAGACCACCUUACCCACCACAUAUAUCAACCAGGAAAAUCAAAGAGUCUCAGAAGAAUAUAAAGAUAGAAAGCAUUCUGAUCUAAUCCAAGAUGAAGAAAAAGACCCAGUUAUGUCAAACAAGUCUGCAGGCAAAACUAUGGAACAGCAACAGAUCAUAUGAGACCAACUAUAAAGUUAUUUAGUAAUGUAAUAAAUAUGGAAAGACCCAAGAAUGUCUGUAUUUAGGGAAGAAUAAUUUGAAAAGAUUGACCUUCAUAUUAGAUAAUGUUAUGCUAGACAAUGAUAGUGAUAGCACACACACAAAAAAGCGAGUUCAUUUUGUGUCACCCAAAUCCACUCAUAGGUUUGCUUAUUGUCCCAUUGUCACCCAUAUUGUCAAUUGCUAUUUUUUAAACAACUUUAAGAUACAAUUGUCAGUCACUGCAUCCUUGCCAGUAUCUCCUUCUAGGAGAACCUGCUUCCUCCCACAGGCCAUACCUCAGCCAUGGGCAUAAGCAGCCAUGUUUGCUUAACGGGUCUCACCACCUUGGCUUCAUCUGAUUGUACCAGAAGAAACACCUUACUCAAAGAGAACCAAUGAGAUUUUUUUUUUCUCACUGUGUCCAAAAAUUUACACUGAGAAAAGAUGGAUAAGUAAGUUGGUGUCUGGAUGAUGGUAAUGCUAGUGAACUAAAGAAGGCCACACAGUUCUGCUGUGAGGUUUUCAGAGCUAGGCAGGCUCACACCUUCAUAAGAUCUGGCUGUGUAUCUUUUCUCCUUGGAUUUACUUGGGAUAAUUAUCUUUACAAUAAAUACACUUCUACUUUA